AAAAGGAAAAUGUCUCAACGACAAGAACGUUGACAGAUGGAGCUCUUAAUAAAACUUGCUGAUUCACACAUGAGGCGCUGGUUUUCAUCCUUAAGGCUGAAGUAGCUCAACCUCAAGGAGCACCUGAAAGUUUCAUCUCACAUGGCUUCAGUGAUGCUCGGAAUCCUUCUGCUGCUUGUUACGCUUCCACUUUCCGCCAAAGCUCAGACCAACAGCAACCUAACCUUGGGCUCCUCGUUGACGGCGGAUGACCGGAACUCUUCCUGGCUGUCGCCGUCGGGCGAGUUCGCCUUCGGGUUCCGGAGAAUGGGACAAAGAGCUCAUUUGUUGGCUGUAUGGUUCGAGAAAAUAGAGGACCAGACCAUCGUCUGGUCGGCAAAUGGUGAUGAUCUAGCGCCAGAUGGUUCGAAAAUCCAGUUGACUGCCGACGGCCGGCUGGUGCUUGCCGACCCAAAUGGAAGAGAGUUGUGGUCUCCUAGCCCGACUGUGACCGGUGUAGCGUAUGCAGCCAUGCUCGACACGGGGAACUUUGUCUUGGUGAGCCAGAACUACGUCAACUUGUGGGAGACGUUCAGCCAGCCGACCGACACAAUACUGCCUACGCAACAAUUGGAUCAAGGGACUACAGUUAACGCUCGCUACUCCGAAAUGAAUUACUCCACUGGGAGAUUCCACUUCAUACUACAAGACGACGGAAAUCUCGAGUUCUAUGCCACUCCUACCCCGUCGGACCCCUCAGAUGCUUACUGGGCCAGCAACACCCUGGGUACCGGCUUCCGGUUGAUAUUCAAUCAAAGUGGUAUGGUCUACCUCACGGCAAUGAAUGGAACGGUACUCAAUCCCGUCACCUCAGGCACAGUCCCGAACAGCGGAUUUUACCAGAGAGCGAUCCUUGAAUAUGAUGGGGUCUUCAGGCAAUAUAUCCACCCUAAGACGGCAAAUUCAAGUUCUGGCUGGGCAAUGGCCUGGUCGAUGGUCUCUUCCCCGGUCCCUCCAAAUAUAUGCACGAGCAUCUCACAAAAUAUCGGUCCUGGAGCUUGUGGCUUCAACAGCUACUGUGCUCUUGGAGACGAUCAGAGGCCCCGAUGCCGUUGCCCACCUGGAUAUACUCUGUUAGAUUCAACGAACGAGAUGAACGGAUGCAGACAGGACUUCUUACCACAAAGUUGUGACGGAAGUAGGCCGGAAACAGACCAGUUCACUUUCCAAUACAUGCUCAAUACCAACUGGCCACUGUCUGAUUACGAGCGUAGUGUGGUGCAAACCGAGGACUGGUGCAGAGAGGCUUGCUUGGUUGAUUGUUUUUGCGCAGUUGCUAUUUUUGGCGAUGGAAUUUGCUGGAAAAAGAAGAUCCCUCUUUCAAAUGGAAGGAUGGUUCCUAGUGAGAUUGGAAAAGCUCUGAUCAAGGUCAGGAUAAAUAACUCGACUUCAAAAUCUACAGGAAACGGAAACAAAUAUUCGACUCUAAUUAUCAUCGGAUCAGUGCUGUUGAGUAGCUCUGUGUUUGUGAACUUGCUUUUACUCCUCAUUACCUAUUUAAUUUAUAGAAGCUUCCGAUUUAGGGAUUAUAAGUUGUCACGACUAGUCCAGAUCAACCAAGCCACAUGCACGCAGACUUUCACUUAUCAGGAGCUUCAAGAAGCAACAGAUGGAUUCAAAGAAGAACUAGGUAGGGGUGCUUUUGGAACAGUGUACAAAGGUGUUCUCGGAUCCAAGGAAGCAAACUUUGUGGCAGUAAAAGUGUUGGCGACAAGGACCGGAGAAAGCGAAAAGGAGUUUGAAAGAGAAGUGAAUGCAAUUGGCCAAACUAACCACAAGAACUUAGUGCAGUUGCAUGGAUUCUGCAGUGAGGGUCAACACCGACUACUGGUGUAUGAAUUAAUGAGCAACGGCACUUUGGCGGAUUUUCUAUUUGGCGCUUCAAGGCCCAGCUGGUACAAAAGAAUAGAAAUUGCCUGUGGUGUUGCGCGGGGGCUCUCUUACUUGCAUGACGAUUGCACCAGGCAUAUAAUCCACUGUGACAUCAAGCCGCAAAAUAUACUUCUCGAUGGCUCUCUCUCUGCAAAAAUAUCAGACUUCGGAUUAGCUAAGCUCUUGAUGGGGAACCAAACACGAACCACCACCGGAGUCAGAGGCACCAGAGGUUAUUUAGCGCGAGAAUGGUUCAGGAAUAUGCCUAUUUCUAGCAAAGUAGACGUUUACAGCUUCGGCAUUUUGUUGGUAGAGCUCAUCUGUUGCAGAAAGAACUAUGAGCCGGAAGCAGAAAUUGAAGCUCAAAUUGUGCUGGUCGACUGGGUGUAUGACUGCUACCACGACGGGAGCGUACUUGAGUUAGUGGAGAGCGAUGAGGAGGCAUCAAGUGACAUAAAGAGGGUGAGAAGAUUUGUGAUGACAGCAUUGUGGUGCAUCCAGGAAGACCCGUCUUUGAGGCCGACCAUGAAGAAAAUCACUCAGAUGUUGGAAGGAGCUGUUGAAGUCCCAGUCCCUCCAGAUCCAAGUUCUUCUAUCAGUUCAAAAUGAUUUUGCUUAUUCAGACAACUGGUGUCUGCAAUCAGGAAUUGUAUUCGUACGGUCUAUAAGUGCGACUACGCCAGAAUAAACUUUUCCAUAAUAUCUUCAAAUGGAUCCAGCUUAAAAAAGCUAAAUCGUCCUGAAGUUCAAUACUCCCUCGCAUGUAUCCAAGCGAGAAAGGGUUGACGAUUGUUGGCAAAAGGGAUUGCAGGCGAGCCAGUAUGCAAUUAUGACAAGAGUCUUAAAUUGUUGAGUGAUCAAGUAACUACAUCGAUUGCUGCAGUAUCUGUCACUGAAAAAUCUUAACUCGCAGGCAUUAUUGUUAUGAAUCUCUUAGGAA